CCAUACACAGAAAACAGAGCACUCUGCUCUGCUAUAUGACCAGCCCACCAUAGCGAGCCACCGCUCAACCAAACAGAGACAGACCCUCAACUCUCUCUCUCUCUCUCUCUCAACGACCACCAUGUCCGUCGCUGAAAAAGCUCCGUCUCCUCCGCUCUUCUUCUUCUCCUCCUCCGUCUUCCUCCUCACACUCUCUCUCCUCGCGUCCCCGUCGACUUCCGACACGGACUCCUUCGUCUUCGGCGGCUGCUCGCAGCUGAAGUACCUCCCCGGGUCGCCGUACGAGAACGGCGUCAACUCCAUCCUCACCUCCUUCGUCAACAACGCCAUGCUCGCCGCCUACAACAACUUCACCGUCCCCGCCGGUACCACCUCCGCCGACACCAUCUACGGCCUCUUCCAAUGCCGCGGCGACCUCGACCAGAGCACCUGCUCCCGCUGCGUCGCCCGCGCCGUCAGCCAGCUCGGCACCCUCUGCGCCGGCGCCUGCGGCGGCGCCCUCCAGCUCGACAGCUGCUUCGUCAAGUACGACAACUCCACCUUCCUCGGGGUCGAGGACAAGACCGUGGUGAUCAAGAAGUGCGGGCCCGGGUCGGAUGGCUAUGACUCCGACGCACUGGCGAGGCGGGACGCCGUGUUGGGGUACGUCGGGGCGAGCGACGGCGACGGCGGGGCCUACAAGUUCUACCGGGAUGGGUCGUCCGGCGACGUGCGGGGGAUCGCGCAGUGCGUGCAGGACCUGAGCCCCGGAGAGUGCCAGGACUGCCUCGCGGAGGCGAUCGGGCAGUUGAAGAGCAACUGCGGGGCGGCCAGGUGGGCAGACAUGUUCUUGGCCAAGUGCUACGUGCGGUACACGGAGGGCAGCGACCACUCGCACGGCGGCCACGAUACUAACGACGACAGCGAGAUCGAGAAGACGCUAGCAAUACUGAUCGGGCUCAUUGCGGGGGUCACGCUGGUCAUCGUCUUCCUCUCUUUCCUAGGGAAAGUCUGCGAUACAGCCAAGGAAGGUAAAUGAACUGCACUUGCUGGUUGUGGACAUAUCAAAAGAACUGCAGCACCGCGCACUACUCGCCAUGGUAUCGAUUCGAUUUGAAGAAAUGAUCAAUUGGCUUCGACUUUAUUUUUUGUUUUGUCUUUGUUUCAUCUCCUGUCUUUCUAGCCAUUGUCCCUUUUUUGUCACUUUUUCUUUUUUCUCACUCCCUGUAAAGAAGAUGUUAAAGAGUAGACGUAUAAAAGGGGAAAGAAAAAGAUUGAGCAUUGAGAUAUGCAGUACCCCGAAGCCAGUGAAAAGGCAGAGUCGCAAUAAGAGAGAAGUGGCAUUCUCCAAUCUACUCCAACUUUAGUCCUUUUUCGCUGUUUAACUAUGCUUUGUUCUUCACUGAUUGUGUACAAGCAGACAUUUCUGUGGAAAGUGCUGUCCUUGUAUUGUUGUGGCUUAAUUUAGUUCAGUGCUCUGCAGUUGUGAUCAA